UCUCGCACAUUAAACCAGGCAGGCAAGCUGCAGAAACAGCGUGCGCAUUCCGGGGGCAACCCCUGAGUUUUUCAGCCGUGGCAACCGCGGCCCACAAUCGUCAUUUGCAAUGGAGCGACUGCAGCCGGGAGACGAAUGUCUGGAGUGCCAAAGUGAAGGCAGGAAUCACACGCUGCGCUACUUUUACAUUAAUCUCGAGGAGCAGCUCUUGAAAUGCGAGUCCAGAAGCUGUCUGUGGCCACACAACGAUGAGGUUUCCUCUGAUGAGGAUCUGAACUUAGAGGCAGCACUUCCCAUCAGUGCUCUACAUUCAAAACCUUCAGAAUCUCCUGCUCCUACGCUCCCUUCUCAACCGUUUGCAUUGUCGUCUAAACCUCCUCCAGAUGAUGACGACACAUUUAUACUGGAAUUGUUGCAGCAAUUGACUCCUGCCACAGAAACUGACUCGGUUGAACCCCCUCUUAAGGCAAAUGUGAGUUUCACCUCCAUGCCAGAUCUGCACUCACCUUCAGAAGAAAAACCAUGCUCAGAACUGGAGCUUCCAGACUUAAGCUUUCUGGAAGAAAACAUUACCGUAAACGAGGAGCCCCUGCAAGCUUUAAAAUCCGAGCUUGAAUUACCUUCCAAUCGCUUAUCCGGCAAAUUAAGGAGUCCGCCCAAGACAAAAACCUCGCAAACUCAAGACACUGGAGCUAAGCAGCAUGUGACUCCACCCAAGGUUCCUACGGCCCCAAGCUGGGAAAACAAACCUGAAAUACCUUUACUACCCGCUUGUGUGAAGGGUACUGUAGGGACGCCUCCUAGCAUCAAACCUAAGGGGUCUCCCUUCAGCAGUCCACCCAAGAAAGCAUCCACCGAGCCGCAGUUACUAACACCGCCUGCUGUCAAUAUUGUUAUCAGUGUACCGGAGUUGAGACCGGGUAUGAGCGGCAUGUUCCUAGACGCCAUUAAACGCCAUUCCACAGAAGCGAAACACUCACGCGGAGGGAGACGCCCCAGGCGCCUGACCAGAGAAACCAUCAGCAGAGGCAUUCGCACACAGGAUGUAAUGCACGUGAUCAAGCAUUUAGAAACCACCACAGAAACGAAAUGUCCAUCAUAAUCAGCUGGCAUUUACCUUACUCAAGUAUUUGAAAUAAAUUUGCAUAUGAAAUUAUGCAUGAAACCUCCGGAUAAGAA